AACGGUAGCACGUCAAAUCGGAAUACUAUGGUCGACAUUUGCUCGGCCAAGUUCGGGACAAAGCGACCAAGAGUAUAUGGCAACAUUGUUAGAGAGUCGUCUGAAACGACAUAUGAUGAUAAUUUCUUAACCUUAAAUAAUAAAAAGCUAUUUGGGGUUAAGAAAUCGUCAUUAUACGUCGUGUUAGACGUUUAUCGUUUCAGGCAACUCUUUUUUUUUAUAUUAUUUUGUACUGGCUAUUUCGAAAAGAAAUAAAGAUGAUGCCUUAAAUCUCCUCAUGCUAGAAGAAUUGAAAGAAAUUGAAAGGCAACGAAAUCUGCGUGAUUUUAAUAUUCAAAGGAGAUUGAUGCGAAAUAAUUCAAGCCCAUUCGAAUUAGACGACAAACACUUUAUUAGUACGUUUCGUUUGUCAAAGGAAUUUGUGCAUUUUUUAAUUGAACAUUUGGCACCACACAUGAACAUAAAUCCACAUCCAAAUAGUUUAAGUGCAGAAACUAAAAUAUUCACAGCACUUUUAUUCUAUGCUACUGGAAGCUAUCAACGAUUAAUCGGACAAAGUUACAAUAUUUCUAUAAGCCAGUCGUCGGUUUCCAAUUGUGUAAAGGAAGUAUCGCAACUUAUAUAUACUCAUCUACGGAAUGAAUACAUAAAAUUUCCAACAACAGCUGUAGAAAAACAAAUUGUUAAACAACAAUUUAUGGAAAACACUCAAUUCCCUGGUGUAAUAGGAGCAAUAGACUGCACUCAUAUUCGAAUCCUUGCACCUUCAAUUAAAGAGCACAACUAUGUUAAGCGGAAGGGAUUUCAUUCGAAAAAUGUACAAAUUAUUUGUGAUAGCAACUUAAAAAUUUCUAGUAUCAACGUACAAUAUGCAGGAGCAACAUAUGAUUCAUAUAUAUGGAGAAAUUCCAAUAUUUACAGAUACUUGAAAAGAUGUUUUGAAAGAGGAGAUCAUUCAUCUUGGUUGCUAGGGGAUUCAGGUUAUCCAUCACAACCAUGGCUUCUAACACCAAUUUUAGAUAGUGUACCUGGAUCUCCUGAAGAUCAGUACACAAGAAGGCAUUGUUCUGCAAGAAGUCGUGUAGAGUGUUGCAUUGGUGUGUUCAAAGCCAGAUUUCGUUGCAUUCUAGGAGAGAGAGGACUACGAUAUAGCCCUUAUUAUGUAGGGGUGAUAGUAGUUGCUUGUACGGUUUUACAUAAUCUUUGCAUUCAGUAUAGAUUACCUGAGAACAACUUGGACAUACCAAACAUUGAAAAUAUUAGAAACGAACAUGUAAUUGCUCAAAAUUUUGAUAAUUUAGUGGAAGCGACUCAGAAGGAAAACUUAGAACCCGGCUCGGGGUAG